CGUGAGCGGGUCGCGGCUUCAAGGAGAAAGCAUUCCCCGGCGGAAGUCCUGCAAGGGCACGUGAUCCUGGUUACCCGGCAACGGGGAAAGUUUGUGGGCGGAGAUUCCAUGGAGCGCUGGGACCACAGACAGAGCUGCCAGGUUGCCCACAGAUAGAUGGGACGUCUCCACCAUGUGUCCUGCUCUGAGCACAGACUUAAAACAAGAGGUCCUUACAGACCCAUACGAAAAUUUUAUGCGCCAUCAUCUGCAGUAUUAUGGCUAUUUUAGAGGUCUGGAACCUAGAGAAGAAUUUAAAUUGUCAGUCCAAAGACGCUGCAGACUGCAGCAAGAGGCCACAGACAGUGAUUCUGAUUUGCCGUCUUCACAGGAGGAUCAGAAAAAGCUAAUAUAUUCGCUAUUGCUGGACAACCCUGUCUUUAAGAGCAGGCAACUUGUUUUUGAAGAUCAGGAAGGCAAAGUCAUCCCACGACUCAGAGAACCUAAAGAUCUGUUUAGCAGUUGCAGUCAAGAUGGCUGCUGGCAACAACCACGGUGGCCAAGUGAAUGCGAAGUCAUCAAGGAAGACAUCAGCCACAUUGAGUGGAAUCCACCAGAUCCAGAAAUCUUUUACAAGCCCACAGGAAGUGAGUCAAAGCCUCCAGUUGUUUCAGAAGGAACAGGGACUGUGGUAUAUGAAAUCAGUCCAGCUCAUAAGGGGUCUUACUUUAAGGCCUCACGGACUGGUGGGCGCAAGUUUUCAAACAGAACGAACCGCAAUGCACAGUCUAACAACGACCUGCAGUUUGAAUCUCGGUUUGAAAGUGGAAACCUCCAGAGAGCAAUCAAAGUUGGCAUGCAUGAGUAUGAGCUGACCCUACGCACUGACCUGUACACCAGCAAACACACUCAGUGGUUCUAUUUUCAAGUGAAAAACACAAGGAAAGGUGUCCCGUACCGGUUCACUAUUACGAAUCUGAUGAAAAGCAAUAGCCUGUACAAUGCAGGCAUGAAGCCUUUGCUCUACUCUCAGCAGGAUGCCGUGCACAAAGGCAUAGGAUGGAGAAGAGAUGGUAAAGACAUUAAAUACUAUAAGAACACCAGGUCCCAGGAUGGUUGCUCUUUGUACUGCCUAACAUGGACGUUUGAAUUCCCACACGAUGACGACAUUUGCUAUUUUGCUCAUUGCUAUCCGUACACGUAUUCCGACUUACAAAGAGAUUUGAAGAGCAUGAUUGGUGACCCUGCAUUGUCACAUUACUGCAAACUGCGCACUUUGUGUAAGAGUUUAGCCGGCAACAGUGUUUACCUGCUCACCAUCACUUCCCCCUCCACAAACCUCACAACCAGUGCCAAAAAGAAAGCCGUAGUGGUGACUGCCAGAGUGCACCCAGGAGAGACCAACGGGUCAUGGAUGAUGAAAGGCUUCUUGGAUUUCAUCCUAAGCGAUUCCCCAGAUGCCCAGGUUCUCCGGGAUACUUUUAUCUUCAAAGUUGUGCCAAUGCUCAAUCCCGACGGGGUCAUUGUUGGGAACUAUCGCUGUUCUGUGUCUGGAAGAGAUCUAAAUAGGAACUAUAAAAGCAUGUUAAAAGAUGCUUUCCCCUGUAUCUGGUAUACUCGUUCUAUGGUGAAAAGGCUUCUUGCUGAGCGAGAAAUUAUCCUCUAUUGUGAUUUUCAUGGGCACAGUCGGAAAAACAAUGUCUUCAUGUACGGCUGCAAUAACAAGGGUCAUCCAGACACAAAACUGCACGAGAGGAUUUUCCCCCUGAUGCUUAGUAAGAAUGCACCUGACAAGUUUCUAUUUAAGGGCUGUAAGUUUAAAGUGCAGAAAAGUAAAGAAGGAACAGGUCGAAUUGAUAUGUGGAAACAGGGUAUCCAAAAUAGCUACACCAUGGAGUCAACAUUUGGUGGAUCUACACUUGGGAACAGAAAAGACACACAUUUCACGACACAGGACCUAAAAUCAAUGGGGCAUCAUUUUUGUGACACAUUACUCGAUUACUGUGAUCCUGACAGUUCUAAGUUCAAGAUGUGCUUGUCUGAACUACAAAGGUUAGUGCAAGAAGAUAUCAGAAAGAAGAUGAAACAGCUUGGACGUGACCUGGAUUCUGAUUUCACAUUAAGUGAUAUUUCCUUAUCUGACCUGGAAUCCAGCACCAGCGGAUCCAAUAGCUCAGAGUCAGAUGGUCUGCCAGCCCAUUUAGUGGACAUUGCAGAAAAGUUUUAUCAGAAGAAAAAGAGGCGCCUCCGAUCGAGAAAGGAGAGGAACAGCUCGUACCAAAAGCGCAGCGCCAGGCGAAAACAAAAGCUACAUGAUGGUGCGGAGGUUUCCGAACCAGUCGCUCAAAUUGCCAGAAAUGAACUCACUAAAACUUCUGGAAAGAGUAAGAAGGAACGGAAGGUUGCUAAGAUGAAGUUUCAGGAGGAUUUGGUAUCUCAGGCCGUGCCACCUGAAGAGAGUCCAACAACUGCAGCUCCAACAGAGAGGCCAUCCAUGUCUUAUUCACGUAAACCAGACUCUGUCUCCAUGAAGACUCAGAUGAUCAACAGUCUCCCAACCUCCUACUUUGGAGACUUCACAGAUCUCGAUCAUGUUUGUCACCGUCAAAUGACAAUAAGGUCCCGUCCAAGUGCCAGUGGGAACCGUCUGCCGCUAAUUAUAACCGUUAUUCAGCAAUCCACCUUACCUCCCGUUACCAGAGGCAUUGCCUCACUGAAGCAGCACCCUCUUCCCUUCCAGAACAGUGAUCAGCAGCCAGUUGCCGACCAUGUUUUGAAAAGAGAAAAAUCCAUUGUUAAGCGAGGCUUGCCUUCUGCAGGGAUGAAGCCAUAUAGUUUUGGACUUGGCGGAGAAAAACAGAAGCUCUUCGAUGGCUCCGUCGUCCCAUUGGAUUUACAUUUGAGCCUCAGCCCAGAGAUGCACCGACGAAACAAACCACGGCAGGAGCCUCUUAUCACUUUGGUCUCUACAGAAUAUUUUGACGGCUUUCUACCAAAACCAAAAAAAGACAUGAGCGACUCUUUAAGGAGAUUUCCUGGGGUGUCCAGUUCGGAACCCUAUUUCCCGACCUCUUCAGAAGAUAUAAGUGGAAGAUACACGAUCAAGUGACAAGUGCUGCUGUGGAUCCAAGAAUAAUGGCUGUAGAUUGAUCAUGUGACUUAUUCCUGCUACACAAUGGGCUCAGGGCCGCCGUCAGGAAUAACGAGCCCUGUACGGCAACAUUUUCUGGACCCUCUAAGUAAAAAAAAAAAAAAAAAGACCACCCAAAAUUUUUAAAAAUUGCUUGCCAGGGUCCCCCAUAAAUUUUGGCUCUUAAGGGGGCUGACCAUGCUUCACUUACUUGAUUAGCCGGGCCCCCCUGCUGCAUGAUUUUUCUCCUAUUCAGACCUCAUUGGUCGCUUAAGUUAAGUCCCGGUGAAGCUGCAUUGGGAUUGGAUAGGCUGGAGGGGAAGCCCCUACUUCACCCAUCCAAUCCCUGUACAGUUUUAUCAGAACUUAAAGGGGAAGAAAAGUCUAAAAUAGAAUAAGGCUAGAAAUGCUGUA